UAGUUUAUUUAUAACAUUUAAAUUGUAUUCAUUGUGUUGUGUGGAUUAAAUUGGCAUUAAGCGCCAAACGAUUUGUUUUUAUGUAAAAGCGUGAGCAUUUCUAUGUGAAAAAAUAAAUAAAUAUCCAGUUGAAGAACAAAUUGCCAUUUGCAAAGCGGGCGCACGCGAAGUGAAGCCCAAGCAUUCGAUGGUGUACACGUUUAUUGAAUAAAAAAAAAGAAGAAAUAAGUUUAUGCUAAUUAAACAAAAAAUUGAGUGGCAGUUGGAGCCAAGGUUCUAUCGUCAAAAUAUGCGGGAAAAUGCGUUCAACAAACAUUAAAAUCGGUUCAAUAUGUUGUGGUAAAUGACAGAGUGAUGAGGCAAAGUCGAUCGAUUUGCCAUGUGUUCAAUGUUUUGGUUUCGAUAUACCCUUUUCCCUGUUCUUUCAAGUGCUAUUCAACAACAUCAUUUUACGCAACAUCACGCAUUCAUGAAACGCGUUCUUUUUUUAAAACCAAAAUUCAAGUAAUACCAUUCACAAGCUACCACUCAUGGAGCCGCUUUUCAUCGACGCUGCCCACGCAUAAAAUGUAUCAAAUUAAUUUUCAUUCGAUUUAUAAUCGUCCUCCGAUUUUCAAUCAAUUAUAUCGUCCAUGCCAAUUAUCUAACGCCUUCGUAGAUUUCAAAGAAUUUAGUUGUUUUUUUUUUCGGUUUGAUUUCUUGUCAAUAUUUAUAAAUUUUCAUCUGGGCAAAUGUCUGGCGUCGAAAGAUUUCCACGGAUUUGAAGUAAAAGAAAAACUUUUGACGGCCAAACAGUAUGGGCUUUAUAAAACAGACUAAAUAUAUAAAUCAGAAAACAUUCACAAUCUGUACUACAAACCCAUGCAUAAUUUUAUAUACAGUCGUUGUUAUUAUUUUGAAGAUGCGCGUAUAAGUUGUGUUGAUCCUUCGAAGAUUAUCGAACCUUCCAUUUUAUUCCCAAUUAUUAUUCGAUGUUUCAUGCUGGGACAAAUGUUUAUUUGGAUCGUAGUCCGUGAAUUUCACUGCUUGUUGAUAGAACAGCUCAAAAAUUUCAGCCACUGAAAAGCUUCCGAACAAAUCUGCAAGCAAAUCUGUCAAUAUUUUUCCGAAAAAAGCGACACACACACACCAAUAUGUAUAUUACGUAGAUACAUGGGUGAAUAAUGAUAUGACAGAUUGAGAGUGAGAUCUCUUCUUUUCCGUCUGUGUGUAUUUUCAAGCAUCAUCGAUGUGAAAAGCUUCAGUGUUUACCACUUAAUUUGUUGAUUCGCUCCCCUUGAGUGUUUGCGCAUACCUAAUGAUUCUGACGCGGGAAGAAAGUGGAAUGAAGAGAAAAAAAAAGUUUUUGUGUCAUGUCGGUUAAUUGAUGUUCGUUCUGGCUUUUGAAGUCACUUAAUUCAUUGACAUCAAUACUUGAAGCUUGGGCACUUCAAUUGAGACAUCGUCAACACACUCACAGACUGCAAAGCAAACGAAAGAGCGGGAGCGAAAAGAGUGAAUGCAAAUUAAAGCGAUUCGCAUACAAUCAAAGUGAAUUGCUAUCAAACUAAUAAUAAGUGACAAAUGGUCGGUCUAUAAAAACAAAAACAACACACACACACACACACAAUCACUGUACAGGACAGGACAGGAAUGAGGGGAGCGAGAGAGUGAAAGGGAAUAAAAAUAGCGCAUUUUUGAGUUUGAGUUGAUUAUUUUUUUUAUGAAAGUCGAAUAAUAUCAGAAGCAUUCGUCAAAACAUGGAUAACAAACAUAGCGCAAACGACACAAACAAAUCAUUUAUAUAUUUAUUUAUAUAUUAACAUGCGCGCAUACACAGAGCACAAUCUCAUCAAUAUGGCGUGAGUCGAGCCUCUCUUUUUUUUCUCAAUAUUAUUAUGAGUCAAUGCAUGCAAUGUUUGUUGCCCCUUCGUGGUUAUGUACUGAUUUUGUUAUUCUCUAAAUUUAAUCGGCACCAAGCUGCUCGAGACGUUCGUCUAUAUACAUACAUGACUUUUGGGUUGUUUUUCUACAUAGAGUGGUUGACGUCACAACAGCAGCAGCAACAGCAGCAGCAGCAGCGUUAGUGCCCUGAGAGAGAGAGAGAGCUCAAGUGAAUGUCAAAGCAAUUCUGAAGGCAUUUUGAUAUGGCAUUUCACUCGGAGAGUGACAUAUGAUCAUUUAUAGAAUUUGGAUUGAAUGUGUUCUCACUCCAAAACAACCGAACUGUUGUUUACGCGCAACACACGAAAAAAAACAAUAACCACAAAAAUGCGCUCUCGCACACACAUUUCUUAUUUCGGGGGCAUUAUUUACUCACACAAAUUUUUUCCCCAUCGAAUUGCAUUCCAACCAAUAAUAAUGAUGAAAGCGAACAAAAUAAAAAUAAAUGAUAAACAAUUUCAACUUUUCAAAUUCGGCAAACAAAUAAAUGACACAUCAUUGCUGCCGCUGUUGCUGUUAACAAAAAAUAUCACACAACAAAAAGGAUUUAUACAAACAACAGCACAUGUUCAUCACUCGAGCUAUAUUUUACCAUUUCUUUUAUGGGAACUUUAUCGUUCGCUACCAUACUGAGCCAAUCAGCAUUCAUCAUCCGAAUGGCAAAAUAUUCGAGAGAGAAAAUGAGGCAACUUCAACUAAAAAUAUACACAUAAACAAAACCAUCCUAUUCCAUCUAUUGCUUGCUGUGCUUUUUGGACGAGCAUUGGCUUUGAUUGUGAUUUGGAAAAUUAUGAGCCGCAUUGGACGGGAGAAAAGAUGGAAUUUCCAAAUGUCGGGGUUCAAAAUCCGAAUCGCGCCGUACUCUUUGAAAACUGGUGGAACGAUUCAACUUGAAAUAUUUACGACUCGAGAUUUGUGUUAUUUGCGAUUUCUUUUCUAGAAACAUGUGAGCGUGACACGCGAAACCAACCAACACAAUCGCAUCCAAUUGAUUUUUAUCGCAGGAACGAAUAUAAACAGGAUUCGGAGAAUAUAUUCGAAUGAAGAAAAACAAAACUUCAGCUUAAUUUAGAUUUUUUUUUUUGUUUUGUUAGAUUUAUCGACAAGUCUAUUUACUUUUUUUUCAAGAAAUUUCGUGUGUGAUAAGAUUUCGUAAAUGUUGUUAUUAUCGUACAACCGCUUUGCGAAUGUGAAUUUCUUUUAUCGGCAACCGAUGAUAAGCACAUACAUAUUCAAACCGAUCAUAUGCAUAUAUAAUACAUAUAAAUUCAGUGGCUAUAAAUGUGCUAAUAAACUGGCUCUUGAAUGUGUACAUUCUCGAAAUUCGACACUUUUAGCGUAUUUACCUCCACCCCCCCCCCCCCUCGAGAAUGGAAUUAAAAGCCAAUCAAGACGUCUUUUAAAUGAGCGGCCAUCGAUAGGCAAUCACGUUCAAAUUGCAAUCAAAUUCUCACAAUAAAUAACCUUGUUGAUUGGCUGCAAUUACAUUAGCACUGAGCAUUAUUUUGCGCUGAAUCAUUCUAACUGAAUAAAUAUUAAAUUGUUUAUAAAAGUCGCUGUUUUUUUUUAAAUGCUAAAUUUGUUUAUUAACAAAACUUGGCAUUCGAUUGAGUGUACAGUGCACACUGUGUAUGAAUGGCAAACGUCGAAAGUAUGUGAAAAUAUUUGAAGAGUUUAUUCACAAAUCGUACUCAUUCUUGGGAUAAUCUCAAAAAUGAAAUCAUUGAGAUGAAAUUGCCUUUGCGUCAACUGAAACCGUUUGCGUUAUCGUCCCCUAAGGGAAUCGAUGAAGAAUCUCAUCAUUACACAGCAUUUGCCGUACAUUGAUUACUUGUACAAUGUUUGUUGGUGUCUUUGAAAAAUGCACACGCCUUCUUCUCCAUCCGUACCGUUGCCUAAAACCCAUUCCACUGCCACACUCAAGCUCACUGUAUAUGAAUCGAGACACAAAUCGCUGUAAGCCGUUACACGCGUCUAACGUUUUGCUCCCAUGAAUUUCAACAAUGAAUUGCAUUUUUGCGCAUCAAGCUCUCUUUCACUGUGUUUGUUUCGCUCUUCAUGUGUGUAGCCAUGGCCUGUCAAUAUCACCCAUAUUCAUUUUGUUGUGUCAAUCGAAAUUGAACCGAUAAACGAGUUAAAGGACACACAUCCGAACUCAAGCCGAUUUAUUCUCUUGAUGGCGUCUAUUGCAAUUGCAGUUACAGUCGAUUUGUAUUAUUACAGUAAUGUUGACUUCACGACGCCAAUAAUUGUUGUUGUUAUUGCAAAGACGCGUCGAAUUCUACACGUUUUCGUCUUUGUUUUGGUGGUAAGAGUGGUUGACCUUGAAUUCUUGUUUUCAGCAGCCUGAACACGUGCUCAGAUUUCUUUCGGUGUGUGUUGUUUUGCACUCGCUCUAGCUUGUCCGGCCCGAGUUUGCAUUUUACAAAUCGAUUUUUCUAAGUUUUUUUGUUUUGCAUUUGUUUCAAACAAAUUACUAUCGAGGCACAUGUUUGAGCGGUUUAUCUGAUAGAAGCCACAUGCUUGGGUCUAAGAUUUCAUGACAAUUUGCAACACAAAUUAUCGUACCUGAUUUAUAGGCUUUCAUUCGGUAUGUAAGUGGAUUCAACGAACAGAGACAGGCAUUACAGAGUGUAAUGGCAUGUGCUGUGGGAAUAUUGUCGUUUUUGCUUUCGUUUUCAAGUAAUUCACAAUCCUCUCUUUCGACAUUUGAUAUGAGCAAGUAAUAGAAUCCCCAUUGUUUUUCCCCGCACCAAAUUACAUUCAUUUUCGGUGGCACUUAUCUCAUUUCGGUGCAAACGAAUCUUAUCGAUUCGCUUUUCGCUGUUCCUCCUCUUGAAAAUACAAUAAUUUCGGCAGGUGUUCCGUCAUUUAAUCGGCAAUAUCUUAUCAUUAUGGUUGAUACAAUUGAAUGGAAACACGUGAGAAAUGUUCAAGGGCCAUUCCAUAUUUCAUUAAAUUCGGAAAUUCUGUCAUUUAUUCUCAUUUCUAAUAUCCUUCCACCCGUAAGCACAUACACCACCAUUUGAUUGCUCGUUGGCUUGUCCAUCAAAUUACAGUCCAAUAUGAGGAAUAACGCUCGCUUCGAUGCGGUGGAGCAGAGACAAGUAGCGGUAAAUAGUUGGAAAAAAGUAUCAUUGGUUUUCCCUCGAAAACAUUUAACUUUAUCCGUGUCCAUAAAUUCAAGUGCAUAAAAGUUUACCAAGAGAAAAAAAAGAGUUGUUAAACAAAGCCUCUGGGAAGAGUAAUGUUGAAAUGUGAUUUGGUACCGUGUUUGACUGUACGUUGGUGAGUUUGUGUUUUGGUUCUUACACAACAUGCUGUUGUCGUUUCAUUUGCUGUUGUUGUUGUUGCAGUUGUCGACGACGACUGCUGCUUUUGCUGCUGUUUAUACAUAUGUCUUACGAUCAAAUUUAAUGAAAUUUGCACACCAACGAACACAGACACAUACACACUCACGCUCAAACUAUUCGAUUUAGAUCUUAAUAUAAAUUUUUUACAGAAUGCGCCCAAUCAUUCGAUACAAGUUGGCAAUGUGUUGGAGUUUGUUUACAAAUUUUGUAUUGCUAUCGUCAACCAGUCAGGCUAUGUACUAGAUAUUCUAGAUAUGUAUAUCGUUUGUUUGGCUGCCAUAUAUUUUCUCCGCCAAUUCGCAAUAUUCUGAACAUAUUGGGUUGGUAAGAAUGCGACGGGAAUUACAUAGGCUAUCACACGGUCCCCAGAGCUAUUCAAAUGACUGUGUGCCAAUAUAUAUAUAUAAGCAAACAACUUUCUGGCUUGUGUACCUUUCCAUUAGAAUAUUUUCUCCUUUUCCAUUGCAUCCAUCUAUCGUAUAGCUCCAUCUAUUCGGUUCACUCCACAUCAAAUGACUCGACGUCAUACCACAACACACAUAAACACAAACCGCUACUAAUAGCGUGUGUCUACACGAACAAUCAAGCCAAUACAUACAAAUGGUUUGACCUUGAAUUUGACGCUAUUAUUUGGAUAUAAGAGAUUUUAUAUCUUCUCUACUUGGCAUGUUUUUACAUAAAAACACACACAGCCGCCCAUUCAGUGAUCGAAUUGUUUACGUUUUUAUGUGUUUCAUUUUGCUUUGGUUUUAAGAUCAAUUCUUCUUUUUAUUCUUGCUCUUUUCACCUGGCUGCUUUCUUCGAUAUUUUUUACCAAAAAAAAGAAACAUUAUUUUUCGAUUGGCAGCCAUAUCGAUUAUGGCUUCAAUGUUUGCUUGUUUGUUUUGGGUUUUUUUGGGAUCUGGCCAAAAUAUCGAUUACUUCAAGCGUUUUUCUGCUGUCUCGUGUUUUAUUUUUGAUUUUCCAAUUUUCGACGAGCCAAGCUCGAAAAUGGUUUUAUCGAUUUUCAAUGCCGACGUGGAGGCAAGAUUCGCGUCGAAGGGGCACCCAAAAACAGCUUCGAUAAUAAUAAAGAUGGAAUUUAAUGAGUUUCGAUUGACGCAGUCGACCAGAUCCUGAAUUAAUAUAAACAAACAUAACGCAUACACGCCAACAGCACCGCACACCGAUUGUGCUCCCAACCAUCCACUCGCAUAUCGAUGUGUGUUGGAGUCUGUGUGUAUGCGAAUGUUUUGAAGCGAAUGUUUUGUUUGUGAUUUUCGUCGAUUUACAUCAAUGAAGCUUUCGAGAGACGCUCAAGCGCACAAGAUUCCUACUAACACAGUUACGAUCCGACUCACUGUUGUUGUCGUCACUUUUCGUACACACAAUAACCAGCUCCGUGUUUCUGUGUUCAGUGUGUUGUGUGUUUGCUUUCGACCGAGUGCCAAGACAGACGUACUGUGGAUGGCUUGUGUUUUGAUUGCGGCUGUUCGUGUAGUGGUGAACAACACUGAAAUAGAAAUUAACAAACAAAUAGAACGUUACGCUGAAUGUUUUGUGCACAUCCACUUCGAAAACGUUCUGUUUAGUCGACAAAAAAUAGUCCGCGAAGCCGCUAUACAAUUCGACAAUAGGCUCCCCCUCGACAAAAUUGAAAGCAUUUUUAUUUUUCAAGUUCUCGGCCAAACUACAAAAUACCGACUAUUGCAUGCAAAAGCAUUUAUUAACUGUAUUUUAUAUUGUGUCACUGUGUUUAUUGUUGAGUUUAUAACAUUUAUUUCUACUUUUUUCUUCGUGUGUCAGAGACGUGAUUAAUUCUGAAGCGAAUUUUGUGUUGAACGAUUUACAAGAGAAGAGAAAAAAAACAGUCAGAAAGCGAAAAAAAAGCAACAGUGAACAAUUAAUCAAGGUGAUUUCUAGCGAAUCGCGCUGGGCAAACGGAAACAAUAAAAAAAAGUGUAUCAAGUUCAAGCGCAUGGAAGCAAUUUGAGCCGAGUUGUGAUCAGUGGCGUCAUAUCAUGAAUGAAUCAACAGAAGCGCUACUACUCUCAUAACAACAUCGACCAUCAACAACAAUCAUCAUCACAACAACAACAGCAACAGCAGCAUUAUCAACAAAUUUAUCAUCAGCACCAGAAUCAAAACCAAGUACCGCAUUCGCAUUACCAACCACACAACAUCUCCGAGCCCAUAUACUCAAAUUCGUUGCCAAGCUAUUCGAAUAUUGCGAUCAAAUCGGAGGUGCACUCCAACAUAAAUAAUAAUCAUCAGCCGAUUUACCAUAUGAUGGAAUCGACGCGUGAAAAUCCGAUGCUGACACAAUCGGUACCAAUACCGUGCACCGGCAAAAUGCUCGGCGAUUUUAGUGAUUUCAAUUUUGAUUUUGACCAAUCACAAUCACCGCAAAUGACACAAGACGGUAUCUAUAUUCCAACAUCGGGCACAUUGUUCGGUUUACCGAAUUCAAAUUCGAACUCCAAUUCGAAUGCAAUGUGGAGCAUCAUCAACGAAUCAUUGAUUACGAAACAAGAGCCAUUUCAAAUGGACGAAGACGAUAUAUUUCAAGUCGAUAAAUCGGAUCUGUUUCAAUCGCCAACGCUGGCCGAACUCAAUGGCGACACCACGCUAGAAGAUUUGAACAUUGAAGAUUAUAAUGAUUUGAUUUUGCCAUCAGAAAACACGGGACUAACACUAUUGAAUAAUGCAGCGACAGUGAAUUUGCAAGCGAAUUCCUUCAAUGAUACCUCAACACCACCACAACAAUUGCUCCAGUCUCAAACGCAAAACAACAUAGCAUCGAAUCAAUUGCAAAUGGAACAGCAGCAACAACAACAGAAUGACACCAUUCUUCUCGGUCAGGGCAUUACAAUGGGACGCGAUGCACUGUUGUACGAUGAACAAACGAACAUUUCAUCGACCAGUCCAUACGAUAUCUAUCAGGCAAAUACACCAAAAACACUUAAUUCAAAUGCUGCAUUUUCUCCGGACAGUCAAGGCAGUUCCAAUUCUCCAUUGCUUCAUAACUCAAUAUCGCCGCCGCCAUAUAUGUUGAACAACAAUACGAUUACACACAACAACAACAAUAAUAACAACAACAACAACAACAAGUUGCAGUACACAACGUUACAAGACCUACUGAAACAAGAGUCGCCGGAUCGUAGUUCAAAGCUUGGUCAAUCGGUGCCUGGUCCAUCGAACAUGACAACCGUGUUGCGAAAUCGCCAUGAAAACUACCAUCAACGCCGUUUGCAAUUCGCUCAUCAACACUCCGGUGGCAAUUCGUGCUUAUCCUCAUCGGCACCGGCCAAUUCAUCGGGAUGGCAUACACAGCAAAUGUGGCAACGACGUGAACCACGACAACACUUGCUCUCGACCGGUAGCCUGGCCGAAGCAACUGGUUCAACAUCAUCUCUCAGCACUGGCGGCGUUGUCAGUCCGGAAGCCAACGAUUUCUCACACGAUGAAGGCUACGAAGACAGCGACAGCGAUCACUACGAGGACUAUUCCACUGAUGAUGAUUCGGGCAAUGAAGAUACAACAACACCAAAAGGAAGCAAAAAAGAGAGAUAUUUCUGGCAAUACAAUGUUCAGGCCAAAGGACCAAAAGGACAACGCUUAGUGAUUAAAACUCACGCUGAGGAUCCACAUUGUCUGAAUGAAGUCACCGAUCCCGUGUUUAGUCCAAGCUGUUCUGUGCGUGGAAUUAAGCACAGUGGUAAAGCUCGUAAAGGCGACGGCAAUGAUCUGACACCAAAUCCGCGUAAAUUGCAAUGCAUUGGCAAGGAAUUGGAUAAAUUAGGUCGAACAAUCAAUCAAAUGACAUCGGUUAAUGAGUCGCCAUUCAAGGAACGGCCCAAAUUGCGCAAAGAGAAAAAUAAAUUGGCAUCGCGAGCAUGCCGUCUCAAGAAGAAGGCACAGCACGAAGCCAAUAAAAUUAAAUUGUAUGGACUAGAAACCGAACACAAACGACUACUCUCCAGCAUCGAGGACAUCAAGAAAAUCUUGGCUCUCAAAUACAGUCAUCUCUCUGAAAACACCGAUGAGAUGAAUGCCCAAAUUGAUAACAGCGUAGCCACCGCCACAAGUAAGUUAAAUAUCACACUUCUUAUGCACAUAGCGCGCCAAUUUAUUUAUUUACGCGUUCUCGCGCGCCCUUUUCUUCGUCAACGUUUGUUUUCUUUGUUUGUCGUUUUCUGUAUAUUGAAAAUCAAUUUUAUUUGCUUUAAUUUUGCUUUGAUCAGCAUAAAUGAAUAUCAAUUGAAUUGAAUGACAACAAACGGAAAAGGAGUGUAAAGACAAAAUUGAAAAAUACACACACACACACACUAAAGUUUACAUCGAACGAACCGUUCAAAGUCUUUGCUAGUCUAAAGUAAAUACAGCAGAGCAAAAAAAAGGCAGCACAACACCAUAUUUGAAUUUUCAAUUGUUUGUCGCUAUAAUCAAUUUAAAAACAAUAUUUGCGUUGCUUUGUUUUUUCCUGUUUCCAUGGUCUUUAAUUCAACAAUUCUCACUUAAUAAUGUUGUUUCUUCUUCUUCUUCUUCUUCUUCUUCUCUUUUUUGCCAUCUUCCUGAAAACAAAAAUAAUCCAUAGAAUUACAAAUAGCCGGAACAUCCACGGAAUUUGUUAACAAAGUGUUAGAAAAAGUGAAGUGUGGCAUACCAAACGGUGGGCUGUAUGAAAUUUAAAUGCUAUCAUCGAGUCGAUGUGAACGUGUCAGUGUUCAUGACCACCAAAUCUGUCAUCGAUAAACAAACAUAUGUGUUUACGAGUACCGAGCAAGUUUCAAAGCAUUUUUCAUCAACCGAGUUCAAGAACCAACGUAAAAAGAAUUGAUUUUAAAGAAAAACGUCGAUCCAGCGAGCCAAUUCUCGGCCCAUUGGGAAACGACCGGAACGAUAAUCACAUCGAACUAUGUAUGCUGAAUAUACACCCAGCCCAACUUUUGAUUUAAGAGCAAAAAACAUUAUGCUGUAAAUUUGAAAAAAAAAACAAGAAAAAAAGGAACAUUUAAGAAAAUAUAGGUUUAUGACACGGUGAAAGCGAAA